CAUCCUUUGCGCAUGUCGGAAAAGAGGCAAAAGAGAUCACAAAAACAGUGUUUACGUUCGAAAAUCGAUCAAAUUACAUUUUUAUCAAACGWGUGUAAUUUUUGUGAGCCACUAUUUCGGUCCACUUGAGUGUAAACGUUGCCCUCACUGCAAUGGAAAAGACAGAACUGUCAGAUGACAUCACACACACAUUUGCACUAUCAGACCAACACUACAUGGUUCAAGUAGAAGAAAUGGAUGACGAAACGGAGCAGCUCACGGCCGAAAACACUGACGAUUCAAACCAUGACCCCAUUGACAAGGUUGGGGCGCCUCUCAGAGAGCAAGACAGGUUUUUACCAAUUGCAAACGUCGCAAAAAUCAUGAAGAAAGCAAUUCCAGAAACGGGAAAGGUAAAUAAUAAAAUUGCUAAAGACGCCCGCGAGUGUGUACAGGAGUGUGUGUCGGAAUUUAUCAGUUUUAUCACUAGUGAAGCGAGUGAUAGGUGUUACAUGGAAAAACGGAAAACUAUCAAUGGAGAAGACAUUUUAUAUGCAAUGAGUUCAUUGGGAUUUGAUAAUUAUGUUGAACCGUUAAAACUCUACCUUCUCAAAUACCGAGAGGCUGCUAAAAGCGACAAGAAUUUGCAACCAAGUGAAAUGACCUUUGACGAAACCUCUGAAGAGAGUUACAUGUGUAAAAAUGAAUAAUGGUAAUAUUUUUCAGACUCAACAGUCACAAGAAACGUUAUAACUGCAGAACCAGGGGGCACUGAAACGGUUAUUUAUACAUAUCAGGACACUAACAUUCACCAAUUCCAAAUUAAUUAAGUUGUAAAUUUUAAUAUAAUUUAUUUUCUUAUGUAUAUAGAGUAAGUUGCAUAAUAUUUUUAAUGAAAUUUAAGUUAA